UGAACGUGCCCUGCACUUGUGGUUUGUUUUUCCGCGAUAGACGAUUGUUAUGGCUGCAGCUGUUCGAGUUCGAGAACCUCUAAGUACUGACAAACAAUCCUCCAGACCUGUGGAAUGGAAACGACACAUCAUUCGGCAGUUAAAGCGACGGGAUAAGUCUCAGAUGUUUAUGUACCAGGAUCUCAUAAAGUCAUAUUCCAGAUUAUUAGAAAAAUCUUACUAUAAUGCACAACUCAAGCCACGACAGCAAGAGAUAUCAGAGUAUUUUGACCCUGCUGCCAGGCAUCAGCCUACCUCUGCUGUUGAUUGUGUGGAAAUUAUGAUCGCCAAACAUCAGGAUGAACUGACAAGAUUGCAGACCAAUGUUGGAGAGUUGGCUUGUCAAGUUUUGGACCUUAAAGAUCAAGUGAAGCUAAGAGAUGGUGAACUAAAUGAGCAGUAUGCCAGGAUAUCCAAACUGGUCACAGCCUUGGAAGAUGUUAAAGCGAAAACACAGAAAUUUCACAACUUGAAAAUGGAUAUACUUGAGAAAAACAGUAAUUUGAAAGAAAAAUAUGAUGCUUUACUGGAACAUAAACGUAAGAUGGAUAAAAAAUUUCAAGAGGAGGAAAUGAAUGGCUCUGAAUUGCUACAGAACCUUAUGCGACAGAAGGAGGCUGCUGCAGAAAACGUAAAUAAAAAGAAUGCCACGAGAAUAAAAGUAAGAAAUGUAAUUCUUCAGCAAGAACUUGUCGUGGUGGCAGAAACAAAAGUGGACAUUAAAGUAGCACUGGAUUUAUCAGGAUUUAAGCCUCCAUUUGGAGAUAUUCAGAAGCAAGAUUGGACUGAAAAGAAGAAAGCAAGACCAUUCAGAUCAGCAUCUCUUACAUCACCUAGGAUUUUAGACUCUAUCAAGGAACUUUUUGAGUUCAAAAGUAAGAGGAGAGGCAGCUCUGUCAGCAGCUCUGUCAGCAGCUUAAGUGAGGAUGUCUUUGUGCCAAUGAGGAUGUGCAUAGUUGCCAGGAUACCUGCAAGGCCAUUACAUGUGCUGGAAGCACAUGAAUUGGGAAUAAAUGCAGUGAAAUUUAGACCAGACUCUAAACUUUUGGCGACAGGUGGCACAGACAGGAUUAUUAAACUUUGGAAUGUGACUGAAGGAAGGCUACAAGGCAAGGGAACACUAGAGGGAAGCAAUGAGGGAAUAACAAGUAUUGAGUUUGACAACUCUGGAACCAAGUUGUUGGCUGCCUCUUAUGACCAUUCUGCAAUCUACUGGAGUUUAGAUGAUAACACACCAAAAUGUACCCUGACCGGCCAUUCUCGCAAAGUUACAUCUGCGAAGUUUAAAUCCAGUCAUCACCAUGUGGUAACUGGUAGUGUAGAUCGAACUGUGAAAAUCUGGGACUUGCAGAGAACAGCCUGCAUACAUACCACUGAUGUGAAUUCUUCCUGUAGUGAAGUAGUAUGUGCAGAGUAUUUCAUCAUCAGUGGACAUUACGACCAGAAAAUCAGAUUUUGGGACAGUAGGGCAGCAAGCUGUAUGAAAGAGAUUUCUGUUCUAGGAAGAGUAACAUCAUUAGAUCUAAGUCUUGAUCAUAUGCAUCUUCUCAGCUGUUCUCGUGAUGACAGCCUUCAGAUAAUUGACCUCAGAAUGAACAAUAUCAGGAAAGUCCUUCAGGCUGAUGGAUUCAAGUGUGGCUCUGAUUCAACAAAGGCAAUAUUUAGCCCGGAUGGUGAUUAUGCAGUUGCAGGCUCUUCAGAUGGUGCUCUUUACAUAUGGAAUGUGACCAAAGAACAAUUGGAAACAUGUUUAUUGCAACAGCACAGUUCUUCUGUGAAUGCAGUGGCCUGGUCUGUGUCCGGUGAGCAUGUCUGAUCAUAUCAGGAGUCAUGCAAUACCUGCGUAAAACGAAACAGUGUCAUCUCAUCCUCAGAGCAUACAAGUGUAAUAAAUAUGUGAGAUAUGAGAAGAAGAAUUGACUGAUUGAUGGUAGUUAGUUAAUUAUCAGAGUUGCCUAUGGCAAUGCCAGUAAGUAAUUAAAAAAAGCAACACACCCACCCAGGGACGCUUACUUAAUUGUGAUAUAGCAGGUCCGCGGCUCAGAAGGAAAGGCCAGUUUUUAAAUAAAUAAUUUCCGUACUCCCAGCUUAAAGAGGGGGCAUGUUAGUGUGGCCAGAGUGCUUCCCAGGCACGAUACAGGCUUGGGCGUUUCCUCACUGAAGUGCACAGUGUGGGAUCUCAUGUCCAUAAUUGAUGCCGGGAGCUGCUAAUCACCACAACUGUGCCACAUCUCCAUUAUAAAUAAUAGGAGCACGAGUGCAGAAGGAGGACAAAAGACAUAAAUGAAAGAAAUAAAGGCUUCGAAAGUGAGAUGAAGGCAUUGGGGCAGUGAGAGUGAGCGGAAGAGCCAACAAGCUGAUGAGAGAGGUCAAUGCAGUCAAGGGUUCCAUGUGGAGCGAAGGUUUAGCGCUCAAGGCACAUAUUGCGUCCACUGAUGUGGAAGAAAGGGUUUAAUCAUGGAGGAGUCCAUCCUAGGGAUCCAAGGGACGACUGCGUGUACGAGAAGGAAAAUGGGUGGACAACCGACCCGAGCAGUCUGGCAGACACCGGCGGAGGCGGCCAAGACAGGGGUUGGUAGUGUGAGGACCUCGGCGGCUGAAAUCUCUUCUACUGAGCAAGCCUUGGGUGAGCUGGAGAGAUUGGGAAGAAGAUGUGCUUGGCUGGAGUGGCCCCAAUGACUGCUGCAGGUUUAAAUCUCAUUUUAGCCUUGUUUUAAACAUUUGUGAUUUUUUACCUUUUUUAUGGAUUAUUUAUGGAACUCUGAUGCACUGCACCUUAGUUGGAGACUGUUUUGUUUUGUUUUUGAUUUUGUAAUAAAAGCACUUUUCACCUUC